AUGGCCAGCUAUAGAUCUAAAUUGAGAGGGCUAGGAUGCCCUGAGCUUGAUGUGAACUCUCUCAGAAAGAAGCGAGCGCAUGAGAAAGCCCCUGCAAAGAAUAUCAAAAAGCCAAGAAGGGCAGAGGUGAACUAUUUACCUCCUCACCCACAAGGAGAAACAGAAGGAACUUUGGAACAUGUAAGAUUGGAGCUCCUUGAUGAAGUAAAGAAGAGGAACAACUGCCAGGUCAUCAGUGAGAAAAUGGCAAAGACUUUCUCCAUUCGCAGGCAGGAAGUUGUCAAUCAAGCACCACAAAUCUGUGACAUAAGAGACCGAUGGCCGGCUCUUUUCGAUGCAACUCAGAUAAAUGAAGAAUUCAGAAGGAUUUCCACUGGUUGCCUUGAGAGAACAUUCAUGGCAAAACUGGACCAGUAUACCCCAAAAAUAAUGGCACUGGUGUCCUCAAGAGGAGGAGCUGCAAAAAUGAAGAUUCAGCACAUAAAGAACAUGCUGCUAGAGGACCAGUCGGUAGAAAGUAGGAGAGGAGCUGCAAUCCGUAGCCUAAUCGUGUACCUGAGAGAACAGGAGGAGGAUCUCUUUAAAGAACAGCUGAAUGGUGAUGAAGUGAUGAAGAUUGUUGUGAGCAGAGGGGCAUCUGAACCAGCCAACGCAACAGUGGUGAUUGAGGGAGCAGAAGUCCUGGAUGGCCUGACUGUCCCAAGAGCAUGUGCCUUGCUCAUGGGACUAAUGUAUGCACUCAACCUGAGUUACCCAAAAGAACUGAAAAGCACUUUUGAGGUAUUUCAAAAGAUAUUCCUUGAGCUGGAUGCUCUGAGAGCAAGUCCCAAGGUAAUGUCUCUAAAAGCUAAGAGUAAAAGUAUUAAAUCAAUUUUCUACUCGACACCAUCUGUGCUGCCUCCAAAGAUUCCAGUGCCUUUCCCACGGGAGUUGAUGUUUCUGCUACCAGAGAAAACGAAGAACAAAGAAGAGACCCCACAGCCUGCCCCAGAAUGUCAUGGAUGGAGAGGCGGCCAAAAGACCAUCACUCAGUUCCUUCGGCAGGAGCGAAAACCGGAGCCUUUUGGGGGCUACAGUGAUGCUGAUGGCUGGAACGGGGUCUCUGUGUCUGCCCACUACCUCACCGACUGCUUGCUGCAUGAGUUCCGGAACCAGAAGGACACCAUUCAGCGGAUGCUGCAGGGUACCUUUGGACAGGCUCUCCGCUCAGACCACACCCGGAAAGUGGCCAAGAAAGUCACCUUUUCAUCUGGUGUCAUGUCGUCAUACGCUGUGAUGAAUGAGAACUGGAUGAUCCUGUCCUGGGUCAUGGUGCAGUCUGAGACGGACAAAACCCUGCGGCCGAUUUAUGAGGGUCUCUCAAACCGCUACAACAGGCCUGGCAUUGAAAAAGCCCAGUUUCAGUGGGUUGACAGGUGA